AUGAACAUGUUCAAGGCAGUUACUUUGCCUCCUGCCUGCGACUCCUUUGCAACAAUCUGUUCAGGCAAAAACUGCCUUGUACCUGCCAGUAACUUCAAUGAAGUGCUGGGCCAGGUGUUGAGCGUAGUGCUCACCAUAAUGCUGGGUAUGGUCAUGUUCUCCAUGGGCUGCACUGUGGAUGCCCACAAGUUGUUGGGCCACAUCAAGAGGCCCUGGGGCAUAAUAAUCGGCUUCCUCUGCCAGUUUGGCAUCAUGCCUUUCACAGCCUUCGCCUUGUCACUGGCCUUCAACGUUCUACCUGUGCAGGCUGUCGUUAUCAUCAUCAUGGGCUGCUGUCCUGGAGGCACCGGCUCCAACAUCAUCUGCUACUGGUUGGAUGGAGACAUGGACCUCAGUAUCAGUAUGACUGCUUGCUCCUCUAUCCUGGCCAUGGGGAUGAUGCCUCUAUGUCUACUCAUUUACACCUCCGUCUGGACCUCCUCCGAAAGCAUCCAGAUCCCAUACGACAGUAUUGCCAUUACUCUCGUGGCCCUCCUUAUCCCAAUUUCCCUGGGAAUGUAUUUAAAACACAAGAAGCCCGAAUUGGCAAAGAAGAUCCUCAGGGUGGGUUCCAUUGGAGGGUUUGCUCUCAUUCUUAUCAUAGCUGUGGUUGGAGGAAUUCUCUACCAGUCUUCUUGGGACAUUGAUCCUGCCCUCUGGAUCAUCGGCACAAUCUACCCUUUUAUUGGUUUCGGCCUGGGGUUCACACUGGCCCGCAUUGCGGGUCAACCCUGGUACAGAUGUCGAACCAUUGCGUUGGAGACGGGUUUCCAGAACUCCCAGCUGUGCAGCACAAUUGUGCAGCUGUCCUUCAGCCCUGCUGAACUGGAAGUUAUGUUUGCAUUCCCCCUCAUCUAUAGCAUCUUCCAGCUGGUGGUGGCAGUCUUUACUGUAUCAGCCUACCGGCUAUAUAAGAGGUCACGUGGCAUCGGCCCUGCUGAUUCAGACAGUGAGUCUCCAUCACUGGAGUUCGGAGGUGUUGAACAAUCAAAAGAGAAGGGAUACCCUGUGGAAAACGGUGGCUUCGAGUUCGAUGGGAAUGGCAACAGGAUGGAGAAGAGUAAGGACAUCGACAAAAACACCAAGCUGUGA